CUUUAUCUCAAUCUUUACCUAAAAUAUACUGCUUGAAGCAAUCGCAAUUACCAAUCAACUCUUAUAUCAAACCUGUUUAUCUUUUCUUCUUCGAAUUCAAACUUAGGGUUUCUCUUUCCUCAAAAUUAAUUCUGUGCGUAAUUACCGAAUUGCUUGAUUGUGAUUUCGUUAAUUGUUCUUGAUUCGUCAUUGAAUUCGAGAUGUGUAAGCUUGAUCAGUUAUAGCAAGUCUUCUGUGUGUGUCUGUGUGUGGGCGUGUUUGUGUAUCUAUAAGUAAAUGGCGAGCGCGGGUGAAGAAGAGAACGACGCCGUGUUGAGCGAUGUCGAAGCCGACGAUGCGGUGCAUAGUGAUAUCAGGAGUCCAUCGCCGGAAGAUGUGACCGCAGAGAAAUUCCAAGAACUUUUUGCCGAGCUUGAUCGCGAGCGCAGAGCGCGCGAAGUAGCCGAGAAUUCGAAAUCGGAAUUGCAAGUGUCUUUUAAUCGAUUGAAAGUUCUCGCCCACGAAGCAAUCAAAAAGCGAGACGAGACUACGAGGCAACGAGAUGAAGCUUUGCACGAAAAAGAGGAAGCUUUGAAAUCAAACGAAAAAUUAUCAGCAGAUUUAGCUGAAAUAAGUAAGCUAAAAGAUGAGAUUUUGAAGCAAAGAGAUGAGUUAGCGAAGCAAUAUGAGGAAACAGUGAAGGCAAAGGACUCAUCCAGGUCGGAGAUCGAAACAGCGGCUCAGAUGUUAGUGUCUGGAACCGAAAAAAUAUCAGGAAAAGUGAGUAGUUAUAAGAAUUUCGUGGGGACUGGACUGCCGAGAUCUCAGAAGUAUUCGGGCUUGCCGGCUGUGGCUUAUGGAGUGAUUAAGAGGAUUAAUGAGAUAGUUGAAGAGCUUUUAAGACAGAUUGAUUCCACUGCAAAGUCGAGGAAUGAGGCUCGGGAACUGAUGGAGCAGCGGAAUUAUGAGAUUGCAAUUGAAGUUUCACAACUUGAGGCCACAAUUAGUGGGUUAAGAGAAGAGGUGGGAAAGAAAAGUUCAGUUAUUGAGAAUUUGGAAAAAUGUAUAGCUGAAAAGGAUGGGAAGAUUUCCGAAAUUGAAAAGGAGAUGCUCGAGAAACAAAAUUUGGCAGAGAAUGAAAUUUCUGAAUUGAGGCAAUUGGUGAGUGAGUAUGAUGAUAAGUUGAGGUGCUUGGAGUCUAAGAUGGAGUUACAGAAGGAGUUAGUGCUUGAUCAGUUAAACUAUGUAUCAAAAAUACAUGAUAACAUAUAUGAUGUUAUUAAGAUUGUCGAUGCUAACAAGUUGGACCAUUCGGAGUUGUCAGAAUCCUUGUUUCUCCCACAAGAAACGGAUAUGGAGGAGAACAUACGUGCUUCUUUAGCAGGAUUGGAAUCUUUAAAUGAAUUAAGUAGAAUUGUACUUGAAAAAACAAGGAAUUUGGUGGACGAGAAGAAUCGUGAGGUAAAAAGUUUAAAUGAAACAGUUUCUCAGUUAGUCAAGGAGAAAGGACAUGUUGGGUGUUUACUGAGAAGUGCUUUGUCAAAAAGAAUGUCAGUGGAUCUAUCAUCCAAAACAAAUGAAUUGUUUAAAGUUGCAGAAGAUGGGUUAAGAGAGGCUGGGAUAGAUUUUAAAUUCAGCAAUCAUCUUGUGGAUGGCAAGGUUCCGACUUCUAAUGAUAAAACGGGUGAAGAUAAUGAAAUAUAUGCUUUGGCUGGUGCUUUGGAGAGUAUCAUUAAGCAAUCUCAAAUUGAGAUCAUUGAGCUGCAGCAUUCUGUAGAUGAACUAAGGGCAGAAUCUAGUCUAUUGAAGGAGCAUGUGGAAGCUCAAGUCAAGGAGCUCAACCAGUGGAAGCAACGUGUGGAGGAGCUUGAAGAGAAGGAGAGAGUGGCAAAUGAAAAUGUAGAAGGGCUUAUGUUGGACAUUGCUGCUGCUGAAGAAGAAAUUACAAGAUGGAAGGGUGCUGCUGAGCAAGAAGCAGCUGCAGGCAAAGCUGUUGAACAGGAGUUUGUUGCACAGUUGGGAGCUGUACGCCAGGACCUCGAGGAGGCAAAGCAAGCAAUAAUUGAGUCCGAGAGAAAGCUGAAAUUCAAAGAAGAAACAGCAGCUGCUGCUAUGACAGCAAGAGACGCAGCUGAGAAAUCAUUGAGAUUGGCAGAUUUAAGGGCGUCUAGGCUGAGGGACAGGGUGGAAGAGCUAACUCAUCAGCUUGAAGAACUUGAUAUCCGGGAUACCUCAAGGACAGGCCUAAGCAGGCCUAGAUAUGUAUGCUGGCCAUGGCAAUGGCUUGGGUUGGACUUCGUAGGUUCCCAACGCUCAGACAUGCAACUAGAGAGUGCCAAUGAAAUGGAGCUUUCUGAACCUCUUCUCUGAUCCCAAUAUUGUCUCCCUUUUUUUUGUUUCAAAAUUUCUUCUUUGAUUCCUCUCAUGUAUGUGUUUUCUUCUUUGAAAACCAAAGCGUUGCACAAAUGUUAGGUGUAGAAUUAUCAAACCUCCCAUAUUUAUACGCAAAGGUCAAUGAUCUUUUAAAUUCAGUGUACACCUUUGGUGGUGGUGAGGCAAAGCGAAUCUCGAGUUACGGUGUACAAUCACUUGUUUGUGUGACCUGAACCCUCUGUUUUAUACUUGUGAUGUAGUUUUU